AUGGCCACCGACAGACAGCCUGAGAUUAUCUUGUACGAUCUUGCAUGUAUCAAGAACACAUGCUUCUCGCCUGUCGUUUGGAAGAUCCGUUUGAUGCUCAACUACAAGGACAUUCCAUACAAGACCAUCUUCCUCGAAUUCCCCGAUAUUGAGCUAAAGCUCAGGGAGCUCGGCCUGGAGUCUCAUGAUUCCAGCUCAGGCUCCCCUCGUUAUACAGUCCCAACAAUCCACCAUGUGCCCACUGGUAGAUACAUCAUGAACUCACCCGCCAUCGCCGAAUUUCUCGAGUCAGUCUAUCCCGACCCUCCACUCCCCUUGAGCUCUGAGCUUGGUCGCGAGAUUGAGACCAAGGCCCGCGGCGCCGUCGGUCCUGCAUUCCGCAUCUCCGUCACGCCACGCGAGAACCUCAUCCUCUCGCCACGAGCUCAAGAGUAUUUUCGAGCCAAGAAUGAAUCUCGAAUGGGAUGCAAGCUGGAAGACUUGAUGGACCCAGAGAAGGAGGAGAAGACUUGGUUAGGUGUUGCCGACAAGAUGAGCGAGCUGAGUGAUUUGAUGUUAACGAACAAGGACAAAGGGCCAUUCCUGCUGGGUGAGAAGCCGAGUUACACUGAUUUUUUCAUUGCUGCCUCGCUCCAAUCGGCGAGAACUAUUGACGAAGAGAUCUUUCAGCGCUGUACUGUAUAUCCUGGUUUUAAGGCUAUCUAUAAGGCUUGCAUUCCUUGGAUGCAGAAGAAGCAUUAA